AGCGUUGCGUUCCUUCUCUCCCUGUGCAGAGCAGUAACGAAGGCCGACGACGAUGAGGACUCUUCCACUGUCCUCGUCCCACAACUGCUCCCCUCCAUCCCUGAGAUCAUCAUGCAGCAACUACGCCAUGACCUUGAAGCCGACUAGGAUCCCUGCUGCCCGGCUCGCCCUAGCCCGUGCAGCGGCGGAUGCAGCAGGGGAGAAGGAAGCGGGCAAGAGCAAGAGCGAGAGCAAGAGCAAGCAGUCGUUGCUCGGGAGCAUCACGGAAGCCCUCGACUUCUCCCAGGUCAGGUCCACGAAGGACGCCAUGCUACUGGAGGAGGCCAGGGAGGCCACCCAAUCCGGCAAGAAGAUGAACAGGGAACAGUACGGAGCUUUGAGGAGAAAAAUCGGAGGCACUUACAAGGAUUUCUUCAAGUCCUACGUCGAUGUGGAAGGGCAGUACGUGGAGGAAGGUUGGGUGGACAAGACCUGCAAGGUGUGCAAGAAAGACACGAGGGGAGAGCCGAGGCAAGUGGACAAACUCGGGAGGUAUGCUCAUGUCGCGUGCCUGCAGGAGAAAUCAAAACCCUCCAAUUUUUUCUCCAGGUUUUUCUCCUCCAGUUGAGGAUGGAUCUUGAGAAUUCAUGGAAAUUGAAUAGUUAAUAGAUUAUACAGUUUAUCAAGUUUAUUGAUUAACUAGAUAAGCUUUACAAAUGUAAAAGUUUUAAACAACCAAGCUCAAAAUCAAAAGUUCUGACGCUGUCAAAUUUUCAAGAUGUAAGGCUGAUACAUGAAAAUCUAUCCUGCUUCUCCA